UCCCUUCUAAUCGGAAUUUCUUAGUUCGGACUAAAUAGAGUGAACAACAUGCGGCUUUUGAUACUGGCUUCCGCUCUUGUUAUUGCUUCGGCUAAACCACAUGCCAAAUUGAAUGUGAAGAAUGCACCAUGUGGAACACCCAGUGGUUCACCUAACGGUCUGACUCAGUACAUUGUCGGCGGCGUGGAGGCCAACGUAGACGCCUGGCCGUGGCAGAUUAGUUUGGAGUACAAUGGUCGCCACAUCUGCGGUGGAACCCUUAUCAGGAACGACGCCGGAGAUUUAGUGGUUGUUACUGCUGCCCAUUGUGUUGAUGGUUCUCUUGGAAAUCCAAGUAACCUAAGAAUAAAAGUAGGAGAGAUGAGAUUAAGUCAGAAUGUCGGACAGCGUAUGGCUGUCCAGGAGGUACGAAAGCAUAGGAGUUAUAACUCGGCAACAAUUAACAAUGAUAUUGCCAUAUUAACAUUUACCACUCAGCCAACUGAGAGCAGCUCAGUUAUGCCUGCGUGCAUGCCAACAAGGGAUCAUGGAGUAAACGAAUUGGCCUACGUUACCGGCUGGGGCACUACAUCUGAGGGUGGUUCCACGACCGACAGACUAAUGGAAGUCUCCAAGCCUAUUUUGUCUGAUACCGCCUGUGCAUCUUUCCUCGGCAGUUCUUACAAGAGUGCCACCAUGUUGUGCGCAGGUUACGAGGCAGGUGGCGCUGAUGCUUGCCAGGGAGACUCAGGUGGACCUUUUGUUGCUCAAAGAGGUGGUGUUUGGGAAUUGGCUGGCGUGGUGAGCUGGGGGUAUGGAUGCGCUAGACCAGAACUUCCCGGAGUUUACGCUGAUGUCUGGAAUUAUGUCAACUGGGUUAAAGCCAACUGGAGCACAUGAACAUAUACAAAAUACUCCAGUAAUUAAUAAAUAUGAUAUUUAUACCUUGA